UACACGACGGACGAGACAAAAUGAUGUGGACACAGGAGUUUUGUCAGGAUCGCCGACAGCGUGGAUAACGGAGCUUGUCGUUUGGUAUUUAGUUUACUGUGUAGUUUUAUCUUAAACACUGGUUGAAGUAAGAGGAUGACGAGAGGAGGUCAGAGUAGUCAGUCGAGAGUAGGCUGCACCGGCUUGGUGUGCGUGGGUUCUUACACUGAAGUAAAACAAGGCUAAUUGACCGAGAACAGGAGCGACAAUAGUCCAAACUAGAGAAAACUAGCAUGGCAACAAGCAGGUUCGCAGUCAGAGAACUGCACACACAAAGCUGCACGAAAAGUACAGAAAUCCACGGGAUCAGAUUUGUUUCAAAAGUUACAAAAAUGUGCUCAGGAACAAAAUUAAUCACAAGACUGGUCGCAAAUUCGUAGCUGAACUUUAAAAAAAAACGGGAAGGCACAACUGAACAGGAACAAGCUUUUUAUCUAGAAAGCAAUGAUCGAUUAACUAGUGGUUCUUCUUGUAAGAUGUGGACCGAUGAUAUAACAACGUUAAUCCGUUUUAUGUUAUGACAAACAUAGUUAUGGGGGGGAUUUUUUUCUGUAAAAGUUUAAUAAGGCGAGGAAAGACUUCCAGCUGUGCUGACUGUGUUGGCCUUUUCUGGCUUAACGGUGGCGAGAGUUUCUGUUUGAAAUCUCAGCAGGUUUGAUAUCUGACGAUGUUGGGCAUCCGUUGUCUGCUAGCUUGUGCUCUUGUAGCAGGGGCCGACUUGGACAAAGAUAGAAAUCUGUUGGGUUUUUGUGAAACUGCUGACCAAGACUGCCACAGUCACGAUGACACUGUAUGGGACAAUAAGCGACAAACAAAUGCUGCCAGAGCCAGAUUGGAUGUAAAUUCAGCAAACCACACACAUCAACUGGGCAGCUUUAGAGUGUCUUGCAAGAAGCUCUUAGAAGCUUUCCCCGUCGACGAGGUUGAUGGCAACUUUGUCCGCACUGUGAAGAAUUGUAUCUUUUCCAAAUCCACUCCAACUCCUUUGAAAGGAUCACUUACACUCGCAACAGUCUCCAAGAAUGUCAUAGAGGAUAUCCUGGAUUUGGACGUAAAUGCAAUCCAGUCUGAUGACUUCUUGCAGUAUGCCAGUGGCAGUAAACUGUUACCAGGAUCCAUUCCUCUUGCACACAGAUAUGGAGGUCAUCAGUUUGGCUAUUGGGCAGGUCAGUUAGGAGAUGGCCGAGCACAUUUUCUUGGUCAGUACACCAACAGUAAGGGAGAAAUUUGGGAACUUCAGCUCAAAGGCUCUGGAAAAACUCCAUACUCAAGGUCAGGAGAUGGUAGAGCUGUGAUCCGGUCCUCAGUCAGGGAAUUCCUGGGCAGUGAAGCUAUGCAUUCUCUGGGCAUUCCCACUAGCAGGGCUGCAAGUCUCAUUGUAAGUGAGGAGCCAGUAUUGAGGGAUCAGUUCUACAAUGGCAAAGUGAAGAAGGAGAGGGGAGCUGUUGUUCUCCGGUUAGCCAAGUCAUGGUUCCGGAUCGGAUCUUUAGAAAUUUUGGCUCAAGCAGGAGAGAUAGAUCUUCUCAGGAAAAUGUUGGACUUUGUGAUUGCGGAACAUUUUCCUUCAGUAAAUAUGAACGAUCCAGAUAAAUAUUUGGUAUUUUUUUCCAUGGUGGUAAAUGAAACAGCACACAUGAUUGCCCAGUGGAUGUCAGUUGGGUUUGCACAUGGUGUGUGCAACACAGACAACUUCAGUCUCCUGUCAAUCACCAUUGAUUAUGGACCAUUUGGCUUCAUGGAAUCAUAUGACCCUAAUUUUAUUCCUAACACAUCAGAUGAUGAGGGAAGAUACAGGAUAGGAGCUCAGGCCAAUGUUGGGCUGUUCAACCUGGAGAAACUGCUCGGAGCCCUUGGCCCUGUGCUGACUGUGAAACAACUGCAGGGGGCAAAAACUGUAUUGAAAGGGUUUGCCGAUCUUUACCAAAAAAGGUUUCACCAGAUAUUCAAAGCAAAGCUAGGACUACGUGGUGAUGAGGAGGAGGAUGAAUAUCUCAUUGCCUACCUUCUUAAGAUGAUGGAGGACACCCGUUCAGACUUCACCAUGACCUUCAGGCAGCUAAGCGAAGCCUCAGUCCAGCAGCUUGACAGCAGGGACUUCACCCAGAUGUGGGCUCUUAAUGACCUGUCAUCCCACAACCUCUUCUCUGAGUGGCUCAGCAUGUACCUGCUACGGCAUGGGAGGCAGGAUGAUGACUGCGAUGAGGAUCGUCAGCACAGGAUGAAAAGUGUUAAUCCUCGGUACGUGGUGAGGAACUGGAUGGCAGAGUCAGCCAUAAGAAAAGCUGAGGUCAACGAUUUUUCUGAGGUAUGGAUUUCAAGAGAAGUACAAGAGCCAAGUCCAAGAUAUCUCCAAGAUCCAAACAAUCCACAUUUCCAGAAGCAAUGGUUUUCUAUCUGUCUUUCAAUGGGAUGAUCACAGGUGGAGCUACUAUACCAUGUUUUGACAUCUCCCUAUAUUACACAAGAGACCGCAGAGGAGGCG